AUGCCGAUUUCUUUAGCGCUUUCCCUGCCGGCGGCAGCGGCGGGGUUUGCAUAUAUCAAUGCUAAGACAGGAUUAUGGUAUGACAGAGCUAUGCUACGCGGAACUCUGCCGGCCAUCUUUCGCUUCAUCAACCGGGAACGAAAGGAUCGGUGCAAUACAUUUUACACCCUAGAAGAAACCGCAAAAAGCAAGUCGACUAGUAACCGGCCGUUUAUCCGCUUCCAGGACAAGUCAUGGACGUACGCCGAGGUCUACGAGAUGGCGCUGAAGUACGGAAACUGGUUCAAGACGAAGUUUGGUAUCAAAUCCAAGGAUAUCGUCGCCGUCGAUCUUCAAAAUUCGGACCACUUCAUAUUCAUCUGCUUCGGCUUGUGGUCUAUCGGCGCAAAGCCGGCGUAUAUCAACUACAACUUAACCGGCCAACCCUUGGUUCACUGCGUCAAUACGGCUAAUUCUGUCCUCAUGUUGGUCGAUCCAGAGGUUGCGACGAAUGUCGAUGACAGCGUCCGUGAGAAGCUGGGAGGUCUGCGAAUAGAGUUCUUAACCGAGGAGGCAAAGGCUGAGGUCCUUACUACCAAGCCAGUACGACCGCCCGACUCUCUCCGCUCUGGCGAAGUGUCUAAAGAUAUAGCUAUUCUCAUUUAUACUUCUGGUACUACGGGGCUACCGAAAGCCGCUAUCGUGUCCUGGAAAAAGAUGACCUUGGCAGGAUCUUUCGUUGGUGGCUUCUUGGGGACGAAAGUAUCCGACGUAUUCUAUACGUGUAUGCCCCUUUAUCACGGCUCGGCUACUAUUAUGGGUAUGAGCCAUUGCCUGGAAAGCGGCUGCACUUUUGCGAUCGGUAAAAAGUUUUCAACCAAGACGUUUUGGAAUGAAGCGCGCCAGUACGAUGCAACCAUGAUUCAAUACGUAGGGGAGACAUGUCGUUACUUGCUCGCAGCACAGCCACAGAUCGACCCAGACACAGGCGAGAACAUGGAUAAGAAGCACAAUAUCCGUAUAGCGUUCGGCAACGGUCUACGACCAGAUAUCUGGGAGAAGUUCAGAGAGAGGUUCAAUAUUGAAAGCGUCGCCGAGUUUUACGCAGCUACGGAGGGCAAUCUAGCGACGUGGAACCUUUCCCGUAACGAUUUUGCGACUGGAGCCAUCGGGCGUUUCGGGAUCCUCUACCGACAGAUUGCCAAACUUACAUCUGCAAUUGUAAGGCAAGAUCUCGAUACAGAUAGUCCUUGGCGCGACCCCAAGACCGGUCUCUGCCGACAUGUGAACCCCGGCGAAAUCGGCGAACUUCUCAUGGCGUUGCCAGCCGAUACGCAAAAGGAAUUUCAAGGAUAUUACAAUAACCAUGAGGCGACGGAGAAAAAGAUUCUUCGGGACGUUUUUAAGAAGGGCGACGGAUAUUUUAGGACGGGCGAUCUUGUCAGUUUAGACAGCGAAGGUCGUAUGUUCUUCCACGACAGAAUCGGUGACACGUUUCGCUGGAAGAGCGAGAAUGUGGCGACGACAGAAGUGAGCGAAGCAUUGGGUACGCACCCAGCGGUACAGGAGGCCAACGUGUACGGCGUGCAACUACCGAAUCACGACGGAAGGGCUGGAUGCGCCGCACUCAAGUUAACCCAGGAAGUAUUUGAUGAUGCUCUACUACGGUCGUUGGCGGCGCACGCGCGUGACAAACUUCCCAAGUAUGCCGUGCCGAUAUUCUUGAGAAUAGGAAAGGGGCUUACGGCGGCGGUUACGGGCACGAAUAAACAGCAGAAACACGGACUACGUGAACAGGGUGUUAACCCAGCCCUAGUUGGUGACGAUGAGCUAUUUUGGCUCAAAGAUGGAACGUAUGUAAAAUUCGGCAACAGUGACUGGAAUCGGUUGAAUGCUGGCCAGGUGAAGCUUUGA